AUGUCGCUGAUGGAAGAGCAAAGUAGAAACCAUUUUGGGGUGUAUCGCAUUGUCGAGGACUUAUAUGAAAAAACAUGUGCUAGUGUACCUGUUACAGUAAAUGAAAAACAGUUUCAAGACACAUACCUUACGACUAUUGAAGAAGCCAUGCAAACCCUCCGAUUAAAUAAAUCAGACCCACGGCAGGCCUGGACUUCAUUCAAACUUAUUGGUGGCAAAUUUCAUGCUGCAAUUCAACAGGUACAACUACUAAUAAACCUUUUUUUAGCAUUAUACACAACUAUUGUUAUUUCAGCCGAAAACUUGCAACUUUUGAAUACAAUCGAUGAAUUUCAAUCCAACGUUAUGCACAUAAUUGUUAAACUCCAUGAUAAGAUUACAACAAUUCGUGACAAGUUCAGUCAUACUGUGGAAAGACAUAGUGGCCCAUAUAGCUUAAAAGGCUUCCAUAACGUUUUAUGCCUGUCUAUUGAUAAUCAAACAACAAAAACGUUCAACAUUCUAUAA